CUGUAGAUGACCUCUUGACUACGCGAAAACGCGGUACUGGACGCGGCGAGGGACCCAGGACUUCGUAACGCCGUUUUCCGUCUCCCGAAGUGUCUUUACAGUCACGACUUAUCAUGGCUUCUAGUCAUACCGUAUUGAUGCGGUUGGUAGCCUCAGCGUAUUCUGUUGCUCAAAAGGCAGGAGUGAUAGUCAGACACAUUAUUGCUGAAGGAGACCUGGGCAUUGUGGAGAAGACCUCUUCAAUAGACCUGCAGACCAAAGCUGACCGAUUGGUACAAAUGAGCAUAUGCUCUUCACUGGCACGGAAAUUCCCCAAACUGACAAUUAUAGGGGAAGAGGAUCUGCCCUCAGAGGAAGUGGAUCAAGAACUGAUUGAAGAUGGCCAGUGGGAGGAAAUACUGAGGCAACCAUGCCCGUCACAGUACAGUGCUAUUAAAGAGGAAGACCUUGUGGUUUGGGUUGAUCCUCUGGAUGGCACUAAGGAAUACACUGAAGGUCUUCUUGACAAUGUAACUGUUCUCAUUGGAAUUGCUUAUGAAGGAAAAGCCAUAGCAGGCAUUAUUAACCAGCCAUAUUACAAUUACCAGAACAAUGAAAAGCAGAAGUUAAGGGAACACAGGAAUGAAGCAAAGGCAGGACCAGAAGCCGUGUUGGGAAGAACAAUCUGGGGAGUUUUGGGUUUAGGUGCCUUUGGGUUUCAGCUGAAAGAAGCCCCUGCUGGGAAGCACAUUAUCACAACUACGAGAUCCCAUAGCAACAAGUUGGUCACAGACUGUAUUUCUGCUAUGAGCCCUGAUGAUGUGCUACGAGUGGGAGGAGCAGGAAAUAAGAUUAUUCAGCUGAUUGAAGGCAAAGCCUCUGCUUAUAUAUUUGCAAGUCCUGGAUGUAAAAAAUGGGAUACUUGUGCCCCAGAAGUUAUUUUACAUGCUGUGGGAGGCAAGUUAACAGAUAUCCAUGGGAAUGCCCUUAGGUACAAUAAGGAAGUGAAGCAUAUGAACUCUGCGGGCGUCCUGGCUACACUGAGGAAUUACGACUACUAUGCAAGCCGAGUUCCGGAGUCUGUUAAAAAUGCACUUGUUCCUUAAAGGAAAGCCAGCAGGACCUGGUUCUCAAAAUAAUACAUUUAAAAACUGAUUGGGUGGAAUUAGAGCACUACGUUCAUUCAUUGUUGAUCAGGAUUUGUAUUAAUUACUGAAAAAUAGAGAGUAGCAUAAAGAAUUUAGCUUACUCAUGCCUUGGGCAUGUAAUAAAUUUUGUGUUCUUUUUCCUGUUUUAAAAAAAAAAAAAAGGGAGGGGGUUGCUGGGCCUGGUGGCACACACCUGUGAUCCCAGCUACGAGAGAGGUAGGAGGAUCAUGAGUUCCAACCAGCCGGGGCUGUUCAGGGCGAUUCUGUCUCAGGAAAAAGAAUUUAAUCUUAGACCAGUUUUGACAUCUGGAGAAUUUAUAAACUCAGUUUUUUUUAUAUUUCUUUUCUUAUUUUAUGUGAAGAAAUGGAAAAAAGAAAAAAGGUUUGGUUCUGUCUACAAAAUUUAUGUAAUCAACAUUCCCAUCUUUAAACCAGAUUUUUUUAGGGCACAGAAUCUUAAGUUGUUCCAGAAUUUCACUCUUGUUUUUCACAGAAAUUUUUAAAGUGCUCCGACUCCAAUUAUGAAGGCAUAUAAUGUUAUUGUGUGUGUUGAUACAUUUAUGGGAAAAGUUUCUUUAAAUUACUUAAUCUUAGCUCUUUGGGUUAUUUACUAGGUUUUUUUAAAGUAUGGGAGUUAACUUAUUCUAAUGGUGUUAUCAUAAGGCUCACCUGGAAAGUUGGAUAACCACCUUUAAUUCCUUCUAGGGAGAGAGUAUAGCAUGUCCUUCCACACUCUGGGAUUAGGCCUAGAUUUUUACUUUUUGGGGUCUCUAUCCAUUCCUUUAGUUAAAUUUCUGGUUUUAGGAUCAACCAAAUGGUUUAUGUUCAUCGUUCCCAAGCCCACUGAGGGAAAAGGUCAGUGAUAGAACAUGUGCUUAACAUGUAUGAGGGCCUGGAUUUAAUCCUCCCCUGACACAAACGUCAAAAGGAAAAAGUAGUUCCCAAAUCCAACUGCACAGCACAAUCACCUGGGAGAGUUUUCUAAAUGUAGACUCACAGGAUCUGUCCUAGCAAGUCUGAUUCUGUAGGUUUUAAGAUUACUCUAGCUGGGUGUGGUGGAACACAUGUGUUAUCCCAGCUACUCUGGAGACUAAGGCAAGAGAAGCCAGAGAUUGAAGCAAGCCUGAGCUACACAGCAAAAUAAAUAAAUAAAUAAAAAUAGUGUAGGGCUUACUUGAUAGGGUAACAUGGUUUUAUUUUACAGGGUUGUGAUAGUUAGCAAGAACAGGUAUCUGUCUUUGACAUUGUUGACCGCUCCCUCUUGUAACUCUCCUCUGUCCUGAUUUUCUUUUUCUCCUUUCUAGCUGCUCCUCCUCAGUCCUUUUUCUUGUUUUCUCUUUGUUUUAUUUUCCUCAAAUUGUCACUCUUCACCAAGAUUCUGUUCUAAGCCCCCUGUUUUUCACCAGAUUAUCUAAUCUAUCCCUAUGGCUUCAUGUAAAGCCUUUUGGCCAGAAUUCCAAAAUGCAUGUCUAUGUUAGGACUCUCAAACUCUAGAUCUCUAUACCCCAAAGCCUAGCUUUGUUUGUUUGUAGGACUGGGUUUGAAUUUAGGCAGGGCUACACAUUUGCAAAGCAGGCUCUACUGCUUGAGCCACAGCUCUAGUUCAUUUUACUCUGAUUAUUUUUGGGGAUAUGGUCUUGAGAAGUAAUUGCCUGAGCUAGCCUUUAUAUGAGAUCUUCCUGAUCUCAUCCUCCCAUGUAGCUAGGUUUGCAGGCAUGAGCCACGGGCACAUGGCACAAAAGUCUAUUCUGAUGCCUUACAGAUAUUUUUGUAUUAUUAUUAUUCCUACUACUACUACUAUUUUGCAAUAGUAGGGCUUCAUGCUUGUUAGGCAGGCACUCUACCACUCAAACCAUGCC